AUGUCCCAACCUAGAGUUCCCGUUUAUGAAGUAGCUUUUCCUGUUCUCACAUACUUAUCUGGCACUUCAGAUUUAGGAUUGUUUUUCAAUAAUUCUCUUGGUUUUUCUCUAGUUGACUAUUGUGACUCAAAUUGGGCCAGUUGUUCCUCUAGUAGAUAUGUUAGUGGUUAUGUUCUUCUACUUGGUGGUUGUCCUAUUUCCUGGAAAUCAAAGAAACAUGCCACUAUUGCUUUUUCUUCUGCAGAGGCUGAGUAUAGAGCUCUUAGAGAGUUGGUUGCUAAAAUUGUUUGGUGUUCAUCACGGUGCUUUCCUCUCCAAGCUUGGUCUGGUGUCCCAUUCCAGCUUGCGUGGGAUGUUGAUACUUAG